AUGGGCAUGGAUCACUACACGAUUGUAAGGCAGCUGGGCGGGACGACGGCGACGUACCUGGCAGUAGACAAGCAGGACGAGGAGAAGAAGGUGGUGAUCAAGCGUCUGAUGGACGGGACGCAGGGGGUGCAGGAGCUGAACGUGUCGCUGCGGGUGCGGCACCCGAACAUUAUACCUUUUCUGGAGUCCUUCGUCCACGACGGGGCGCUCUACGUCGUGCUCGCCUACGCGGAGGGCGGCGACCUCGAGGCGUACCUCGGGCAGCUGCGGCGGGAGAAGCGGCCGCCGCAGCAGAUGCGGCUGCUGCGCUGGUUUGGGCAACUCCUCGCGGCGCUGCAGUGCUGCCACCAGCAGAACAUCAUGCACCGCGACGUGAAGCCGAGCAACAUCUUCCUCAACGCGGACGCGACGGAGCUGUACCUCGGCGACUUUGGCUCCGCCAAGGCGCUGCUGCGCUCGGCCUCGCUGACGUCGACCUUCGUCGGCACCCCGAUCUGGAUCUCGCCGGAGCUGCUGAUGGGGACGCCGUACGGCUUCCCCUCCGACGUCUGGUCGCUCGGCUGCGUCUUCUACGAGAUGGUGGCGCUGCGGCGCCCCUUCACCCCAAGUAGCUUCGCCAGCCUCGUGCAGCAGAUCACCGCCGGCGACGUCGCCCCGCUGCCCGCCAACACCCCGGACGACAUCCGCACCAUCACGAUGUCCAUGCUGCGCGUCGACCCGGAGAAGCGCUGCGGCCUCGCCAAGGCGCUUGAGCUGACGGAGCGCGCCAUUCAAACCCGCUCGCCCCCGGCCGCAAAGGGCGCGGCGGAGCGUGAGAAGAUUGAAAGGCAGCCGCCGCCCGGCAUCCCCAGACGCGCGGCGGGGGCAAGUCCGCAGCGACAACAGCCGCAGCAGCAGCAGCCACUGCGACGGCCCUCGCCGGCGAAGGCGGUUCAGGCAGCCGAGGCCCACGGCGGCGGCACCGGCGGGUCGGACAACAAACUAGCGGACUGGAUUCACGCACGCAACCACGACGUGAGCGUCAUCGAGCGCUACCUGACGAAGUUUCGCCAGUCGGACGAGCAGAUUUUGGCGCCGGCGGCCUCCUCAGUAGCGGACGCCCCGCGCGAGCGCGGGCGCGUCGCUGCGGGGGCGUCGCCGAAGCGAACGGCACCGCAGCCAUCGGCGACGCACAACGACGAGCCCCGCCUGCGGCCAGGCCUCGUGCCGGAGGCGCGGGCGCAGGAGACGGUGGUGCCGGCGCAGCGUGGCGGGGCGGCGGUUCGAUCCCGGCGCCGCAUCAUGAGCACGAGGUGCCUCCCCACAAAAAGGGAGCAAAGUGAAACGCCGGCAAAGAAGAACGCCUCACCUUUAGUCCGCCAACCCUCCGCCGCGCACAACCUAAACGGAAACGCCCCGCAGGCAUUCAGGCGCAUCAAGAGCAGCCACCCACUGCUGGCACGGCAUGCCUCGCCCCCCGCGCCGCCGCCGCCGCCGCCGCCGCAGCAGCAGCAGCAGCAGCAACAACAACAACAACAAGAGGAAGGAAGACAGCUGAAUCGCGAAAAACGCGAGAAGGAACGUGCAAAGAUGCUUGAAAUGAUACGGGAGCGAAAGGCGAAGGCGCUGCAAGAACGCAAGGCAAAGGGCAAAAGCGAAGAGCGGGACGCCGUGGCAGUGGAGAUCGUCCUGCCUGCCAAUGUGCGUUACGAGGGCGGCGCGGGGUAG